UGCACACUGAAACAAGACGAAAAGUGGUAAACAUAGUAACUGGUAACCUAUAGGGUUAAAUUUAGAUGUGUAGUUUGAACUAUCAAGGAGAAAAUGCCCGACGGGGGGGGGGAGAGAAUACGGACUUAAAGAAGUUCACGGUUUUUUCCAAUAUAUCCAAACUAGAAAUGUGUGACUUGGCAACCCAUGGGUCUGAAAUUAUGACUGUAUGCAACGAGAUAUAUGAUGAAAGUUCGCCUACUAACUGGUUAGUUCUUGGAUACGUAAAAAAUUCAGAUACCAUUGAAGUAAGAGAUUUCGGAGAAGAUGGUUUAGAUGGAUUCAUUCCUAGCUUAGCAGAAGAUACGCUGGUUUUAUAUGGUUUUGUUAAAGUUAAAGUGGACCAAGUUGACCAACCAAAAUAUAUUUAUAUAAUUUAUAUCGGAGAAGCAGCCCCUAUAGCGCGCAAAGCGAUUGCGGCUCAACACUCCGUUGCUAUAGAAAAGUUGUUCAAAGUUUCUCACUUGACUUUCCACGCACGCUGUGAACAGGAUAUUGAAAAGGCUUCAGUUUUGAAGAGAUUAGAGGACCACGUAAAAAAGUUUUCAAAUUCUAGGAAAGUGGCUUCUGUCCAUCCUCCAAGCUCCCCAGUGGGGACCCUGUAUAAAAAACCUCAAAUUAUUCCUGGAAAGACUUCUUCGUUAAAAGAGAAGUUUGAAAGGCAACCAUCCCCAACGAGCUAUAAAAGGAGGGAGGAAGAGAAAGUCCAGGAGCUACUGAAAGAGUCGGCGGCCUACCCGUCAAGAGUUCCAGAGGUGUUCGAGCAGCCCAGUCGCCAGGAUCCCGAUGACCAAGUACGGCACAGCGAAGAGGGCUAUGUGGAGCAAAGUGCAUCCCCCGUUUCCUGCACAAAGGAGAACAAGUACACUGCCACAGUUCUUUACGACUAUCAAGCAGCGGAUGAGGAGGAGCUAACGCUGGUACCCGGAGCCAUUCUUUACGGCAUCACCGCUCUCGAUGAAAACUGGUGGUACGGAUACGACGAAACCGGCCGAGCUGGAGCCAGGUUUCCUGCGGAAUAUGUCCAACUGUACGAAAGUUAGCAACUUACGAAACUUAUUUUUCCAUAAAUCUCGUUAAGAACGUUUAGUUUCGUGUUUAUUUUUUCUCUAUAUAAAUCGUAGCUAUGAAGAACCCAGACAUCUUCGAUUCUA